AUGGCAAAAAAGUGCUAUUUUAGUCCACUGGUGAUAGCUCUGGAGGAGAAUAUCAAUUUCACUGGCGAAGUGGUUCUUGCAACUGGUUUCGGCGAUAUAACACCUUACGAUGUGGAUUCCGAAAUUCCGAUUCAAAUUGUUCAUACAUCGGUGCGUCAGCAGCAGCAAGCGAAACAACGAAACUGCAGCCAGACAUUAUCAGAGCUAAAUCCUUCCGGAUUAGUAACAAUCGACGACUGCUCGUUGCCAGUGAAGAAAAAACUUAUAAUCUCAGAAAACCAGCAAGCAGAAUGCUCCGGAAGAACGGAUGAACUAAUGGAAGAUGAGAGGCUUUUGCUUGCUGAAGAUGAUAUGCGAAAAAUUUUAAAAAUUAAUGGUGAUAAUGAAGAUGGAGCAGGUCCGGAGAAACAGCCAUCUCAUGGCCCAGCCCUCUUUCGGUACUUGUUCGCAUUUGACGAGUCGACAUUCGAUGAGGAAGAUUUCCUCCUGGAUGCAGCAGCGUUGGCCCCAGAUUCUGAUCCUGACAGUUACCCCAGCGAUUGA